AUGGAUGCUUCAAUCUCAGUCCCGGCUUCUCAAGAAGCUCAGACAUCCGAACAAUCUCAGUCACAAACUCCGCAGGAGUCAGCAACACAACCGGGGUCCGGGGAUAAACCCUAUCACUCCAAACGCCCUCACAAAAAGUCUCGGACAGGGUGCAAAAACUGUAAAAUGCGAAAAGUGAAAUGCGACGAAGCUAGGCCGGUCUGUCGCUCGUGCCGGCUACGCAAGGCUGACUGUGUCUAUCCCAACCCUCCAGCCUCAUCUUCAAUCUCAAGCAAUGAACCUCCAACCUCUCCUUCAGCCUCGAGUGUCUCGUCUGUCACUCAGCGUGCUGUGUCGCCGGAUGUCGUCUCUAUAUCAUCUGGUGAUGACAUGGUCGAGGAGACUGGGUCCCUGGUAUCACAACCACUCUUCCGUUCUGGUCAAAUGGACAAUGCCGACAUGAAGCUCCUAUGGUUCUAUACCAGCGCAACUAGUGCUUCAUUCUCCAUCGAUGAUGGCCGUUUCAACCCCGUCAGCGAGAUCCUCAAGACCCGCAUGGUUCAAGUCGCCUUCGAGAAUCCCUUCCUCAUGGACUCCCUCUUCGCCCUCGCCAGUCUUCACAUGCAGAGCCUCAACCAGGAGUGCGAUCCUUCCCGCGCCCUCGCGUAUCGCGCUCGUUCUUUCGAAGGUUAUCGCCGUGCUGUCGAGCAAGCUCGUCCAGAGACAUAUCCCGCCCUCAUCGCCAACUCCCUCCUCCUAACUGCCCUCUCCUCUCAAAACUUCCGAGAUGACGACUCGAAAGAGUUGUACAUUAUCGACUGGAUGAUUGUCUGGCGCGGCAUCGGCCUUGUCAUUGACCUCAUGGGGGUUGAGAGACUCUUUGACUCUGGUCUCUAUGCCCUCUUCUCUCGCCCGCCCAUAGACCUCGAAAAGGCCACCGGUGCAAUACCCAACAACCUUCUCUUCAUGGUUACCUCAAUCAAGGCCGACGACCCAGAUUUUACUGACAUCGACACUUACUAUGAGACGCUCAAGUACCUGGGUUCUCUCUAUCACAAUAUGAACGACGGCAUCAGUCCCGUCAUGCUACUACGCAUCAUUACCUGGUUCACCUUCGUCCCUCGUCAUUUCAUCCAACUCGCCCGUGAGCGCCGUCCCCGAGCCCUCGUCAUCCUCGCCUACUACUCCGCCUUUCUCAAGCUCACCAAAGUGGUCUGGUGGCUCAAGAACGUUGGCGAUCGCUCCUUAAACGACCUUUGCCAGUACCUCGGCCCAGAGUGGCAGCAUCUCCUGAUAGUGCCGCAGAUGGCCCGCCUAGUCGACACAGACAUAGGGAUUGCAAGAGUACUGUUUGAGAACCCUAACUGGGUGCCUAGCACGCCCAGCAACCUCCGCAUAGAUCCUACAGCCGCCAUUACGUUGCUGGACGACGAGGGGCGGCGAGUUGAGUGGACACCUUCCGAGAAGAAACUUGUUCUCCUAGAUCCUAGGAAAGACAACACAAUGGAUGAGUGGAAAAAUGAUCCCGAGCUGUGGAAGCCAGCAGAUUGA